CUCGCGAUAUGUCAGAGACGUUACCCCAUUUUCCAGCUGUCCCUCAGUCGGUCGGGAUUUUGGAACCACAGGAGAAUCGCCGGAAAGGGCUUUGGCGAUAAAACGGCACAUUUUUGGGAGAAUAUACCACGUCGUAUGGGUACAUAAAUACGCAGCGGGCUACUUUAUCCGGUAUUUCACGAUGGAAACUGAACUAUGAGGUGUCGUCGUGUAGUGCAGAACAGUGAGUGAACCAUGGCGCAGUUCCCCACCACAUUCACAGGUCCAGAUGUGUUUCUGAUCUCAGUGGAUGAGAGAGCCAAACAUGAUCAGCAGUUUCACAGCCUCUCUCCCACCGCCGGGGGUUACAUCACAGGCGACCAAGCCAGGAAUUUCUUCCUUCAAUCAGGACUUCCCCCUCCCAUCCUGGCCCAGAUCUGGGCUCUGGCUGAUAUGAACAGUGAUGGCCGUAUGGACAUCCACGAGUUCUCCAUCGCCAUGAAACUCAUCAAACUGAAACUCCAGGGUCACCCUCUGCCCCCGUCGCUUCCUCCCAGUAUGAAACAACCCCCACUGCCUUUACCACCCCCGGGAGGCUUUGGCAUGCCUCCCAUGGCUUCCAUCGCAGCUCCUCUUUCAGGCGUGCCUCCACUCCCCCUGCCACCUCUGCCUGUCGGAGUGUCUCCGCCGCUCGUCUCGUCGGCCCCGCCUCCCCUCCCCCAGCCCAUCGCCAACGGAGCUCCUCCCACAGGCAUGAUGCAGCCCAUCUCAGGCUUCUCCCACCCAGCUCCCUCUGUCAACAAGUCCUCUUCAUUUAAUCGUUCCAGUACCAAGUUGCAGAAAGGGCCGUCCUUGGAUGCUGCAAGUGGCCUGCCUCCGCCUGAUUGGGCCGUUCCUCAGUCCUCCAGGCUGAAGUACAGGCAGCUUUUUAACUCUCAUGACAAGAUGAUGAGUGGACAUCUCACAGGUCCUCAGGCUCGUACUAUCCUGAUGCAGUCCAGUCUUCCUCAGGGCCAGCUGGCCACAAUAUGGAGCCUCUCAGAUAUCGACCAGGAUGGAAAGCUAACAGCUGAGGAGUUUAUUUUAGCCAUGCACCUCAUAGAUAUGGCGAUGUCAGGGUUACCGCUGCCCCCUGUGUUACCACCAGAUUACCUCCCACCCACUUUCAGGCGGGUGCGAAGUGACAGUGUUCAGUCGGACCAGAAGAGUGUACAGGAGGAGGCAGAGGAGGAGGCAGAAGCCAGCCUGGAUAAGAAACUACCAGUGACGUUUGAGGACAAGAAGAGGGAGAACUUUGAGCGAGGAAACCUGGAAUUGGAGAAGAGACGUCAGGCUCUGCAGGAGCAGCAGAGGAAAGAGCAGGAGAGGCUGGCAGCGCUGGAGAGAGAGGAGCAGGAAAGAAAGGAGCGUGAGCGUCUGGAGCAGGAGAGGAGACGACAACAUGAGCUAGAAAAACAGCUGGAGAAACAGAGAGAGCUGGAGAGGCAGCGAGAAGAGGAGAGACGCAAAGAGAUAGAGCGGAGAGAGGCCGCUAAGCGUGAAUUAGAGCGUCAGCGUCAGCUGGAGUGGGAGCGCCAACGUCGCCAGGAGCUCCUGACUCAAAGAAACAGAGAGCAGGAGAGUAUAGUGCUGCUCAAAGCCAGGAAGAAGACCCUGGAGUUUGAACUGGAAGCCCUGAAUGAUAAGAAGAGCCAGUUGGAGGGCAAACUGAAGGAUGUUCGGUUUCGUCUGUCAGCUCAGCGGAGGGAGGUGGAGCAGACCAAUCAGACCAGAGAAACACGCAUUGCUGAAAUCACCCUGCUACAACAGCAGCUGCAGGACUCCCAGCAGUGGUUGGGGAGGUUAAUACCCGAUAAACAGAGUCUAAACGACCAGCUGAAACAGGUUCAACAGAACAGUCUGCAUCGUGACAGCCUGUCGUCCCUGCAGAAGGCUGUGGAGCAGAAGGAGACCAGCAGACAGCAGCUCAGGGAACAGCUGGAUGCUGUGGAGAGAGAAACGAGGGCCAAACUGCUGGAAAUAGACGCUUUCAACACCCAGCUGAAGUCUCUGUGUGAGUUCUAUGCCAACCACUGUGCCAGGAUAGAAGCCCUGCGACGCCAGCUUCAGGAGGAACAGAGAGGGAGACAGUGCCAGGAGCAGGGACAGCUACAGGAGUGUGUGUCAGCCGUCAGGGUGUGUCUGGCUCGGCUAGACUACGUUAUAAAGGAGCUGAGGGAGAUCCACAGCCGGCAGCAGAGGCAGAAACAGAAGGAUCUGGAGGGAGACACACACUCAAUGACACACACACACACGCACAUGCACACGCCGGUCGAGAGGAAGUCUGCUGAGCUGCAGGAGAGCAGGCUCUCAUCAGAGGAGAGCGUGGCCUGGAGGGAUGAAGCAGUAAGCUCCGCCCCCAGAGGUUCAAGCCCCGCCUCCAUGUCUGCACCACAUGCCUGGCUAAACAGAGUGACCCAGGAAGAAGAGGAGAGGAAGAGGAGAGGGAUGGAGGAGGAGGAAGAGGUCCGGAAGGGAGCGGGAUCGGUAGAAGAGAAAGAGGAUGAGUCGAGAGGAAAGAAGGACAUGCAGGAGAAACUGAACAAGCUGUUCAGCCAGCCGGCCGACCCCUGGGGUUCAACAGGGGAGAAAGGUCCUGUACCGAGUCUGUUUGACCAGAAAACUUCGUCAGUCAGCGGCUUCGACCAGCAGCAGCCGCCGGUGAAGGUGGUCUACUACAGGGCUGUUUAUCCGUUUGAUGCUCGCAGUCAUGAUGAGAUCAGUAUCGCUCCCGGAGAUGUGAUCAUGGUGAAGGGGGAAUGGGUGGAUGAAUCCCAAACAGGUGAACCCGGCUGGCUGGGAGGAGAGCUCAGAGGACGUACCGGUUGGUUUCCAGCCAAUUACGCCGAGCGGAUACCCGACAGUGAGGCGCCGAUCAGCCUGCGUGCGACAGCCUCAGCCACACCCACCUCAGCCCAGCAGCCUAUGACCACGCCUCCCCCCGCGCCCGGACACCCCUCCUCCUCCACGUCCUCUGCCAACAGUAACUGGGCCGACUUUAGCACCACUUGGCCCUCCAACACAGCCAGUCAGUCAGACAGCGAGGGGUGGGACGCAUGGCCGACAUCUUCAACCAGUCAGAAUCCUUCGCUCAGCGUUCCCUCGGCGCAGCUACGGCAACGCUCUGCCUUCACACCUGCCACCAUGACGACGGGCUCCUCUCCUUCACCUGUGCUGGGGCAGGGGGAGAAGGUGGAGGGUCUUCAGGCUCAGGCGUUGUAUCCCUGGAGAGCAAAGAAGGACAACCACCUCAACUUCAACAAAAAUGAGAUAAUAACCGUGUUGGAGCAGCAGGACAUGUGGUGGUUAGGUGAACUGCAGACCGGACAGAGAGGCUGGUUCCCCAAAAGUUACGUUAAGCUCAUCUCCGCCACCAUGACGGCCCCCGCUGGCCCAGUGACACGCAGUAAAAACACUAGUGAGUCUGGAGUAUCAGACAGCCCCCCCAAUGGAAAGCGUCCCUCUCCCUCCCCAACAAAACCCUCCGACUCUGGAGAAGAGUACAUUGCCAUGUACACCUAUGAGAGCAGCGAACAGGGCGACCUGAGCUUCCAGCAGGGAGAUGUUGUCAUGGUGACCAGGAAAGAAGGGGAUUGGUGGACGGGCAUGGUCAGCGGCAAGACUGGAGUCUUCCCUUCCAAUUAUGUUAAACCUCGGGACUCCGCCUCAGAGUCUUUGGGACCAGCAGGGAAGACGGGGAGCCUGGGAAAGAAACCAGAAAUCGCUCAGGUGAUCGCCCCCUACAAUGCAACAGGAGCAGAGCAGCUGACGUUAGCUCCAGGACAGCUCAUCCUCAUCAGAAAAAAGAACCCAGGGGGCUGGUGGGAGGGAGAGCUCCAGGCCCGGGGGAAAAAGCGUCAGAUAGGCUGGUUUCCAGCCAACUACGUGAAGCUGCUCAGUCCAAGCACCAGCAAGACAACGCCCACAGAGCCCACCCCCCCUAAACUGACUCCUGCCAACACAGCGGUGUGUCAGGUGAUCGGCAUGUACGACUACGUGGCGCAGAACGACGACGAGCUGGCCUUCCAGAAGGGUCAGGUGAUCACAGUGCUCAACAAGGACGACUGUGACUGGUGGAAAGGGGAGCUCAACGGGAGGGAGGGUCUGUUUCCUAGCAACUACGUCAAACUCACCACGGACACGGACCCGAGCACGCAGUGGUGCGCUGACCUCCACCUGCUGGACAUGCUGAGUCCCAUGGAGAGGAAGAGGCAGGGCUACAUCCACGAGCUGAUCGUCACCGAGGAGAACUACGUCAACGACCUGCAGCUCGUCACAGAGAUCUUCCACAAACCUCUGCUGGAGUGCGAGCUGCUGACGGAGAAGGAGGUGGCGAUGAUCUUCGUCAACUGGAAGGAGCUCAUCAUGUGCAACAUCAAACUGCUCAAGGCUCUGAGAGUGAGGAAGAAGAUGUCGGGUGAUCGGAUGCCGGUGAAGAUGAUCGGCGACAUCCUGACCAACCAGCUGCCUCACAUGCAGCCAUACAUCAGAUUCUGUUCGUGUCAGCUGAACGGAGCCACGCUGAUACAGCAGAAAACCGACGACAACCCCGAGAUCAAAGACUUCCUGAAGAGGUUAGCGAUGGACCCCAGGUGUAAGGGGAUGCCUCUGUCCAGCUUCCUGCUCAAACCCAUGCAGAGAGUCACCCGCUACCCGCUCAUCAUCAAGAACAUCUUAGAAAACACUCCAGAGUCUCAUCCAGAUCACAGCCACCUAAAGGCCGCUCUGGAGAAAGCAGAGGAGCUGUGCUCGCAGGUGAACGAGGGCGUCAGGGAGAAGGAGAACUCGGAUCGUCUGGAGUGGAUUCAGGCUCACGUUCAGUGUGAAGGCCUGUCAGAGCAACUGGUGUUCAACUCGGUCACCAACUGUCUGGGUCCCAGAAAGUUCCUCCACAGCGGGAAGUUGUUCAAAGCCAAGAGCAGCAAAGAGCUCUACGGCUUCCUGUUCAACGACUUCCUGCUGCUGACGCAGGUCACCAAACCUCUGGGCUCGUCGGGCUCGGACAAAGUCUUCUCCUCGAAAACACACCUGCAGUAUCGCAUGUACAAGACGCCGAUCUUCCUGAAUGAAGUGUUGGUGAAGCUGCCGACGGACCCGUCAGGAGACGAACCGCUGUUCCACAUCUCUCACAUAGACAGAGUUUACACACUGCGAGCUGAGAGCAUCAAUGAAAGGACGGCGUGGGUUCAGAAAAUCAAAGCAGCGUCAGAACUCUUCAUUGAGACGGAGAAGAAGAAGAGAGAGAAGGCGUAUCUAGUGCGUUCUCAGAGAGCUACAGGUAUCGGCAGGCUGAUGGUCAACAUCGUGGAGGGAAUCGAGCUCAAACCUUGUCGCUCCCACGGAAAAAGUAACCCAUACUGUGAGGUGACCAUGGGUUCACAGUGCCAUAUCACAAAAACAUUACAGGACACGUUAAAUCCCAAGUGGAACUCCAACUGUCAGUUUUUUAUAAAGGACCUGGAGCAGGACGUCCUCUGUGUCACUGUGUUCGAACGAGACCAGUUCUCACCUGACGACUUCCUGGGCAGGACGGAGAUCCGGCUGGCUGAAAUAAAGAAGGACCAGGGAUCCAAAGGACCAAUCACGAAGCGGUUGCUGCUCCACGAGGUUCCCACGGGAGAGAUCGUCGUCAGGCUGGACCUCCAGCUGUUUGAGGAACCGUGAAACCUGGACAGGAAACUAACUGGACUCAACUGGACCAUAAGAGAUGUGAUUUGGACCCGACAGUUGGGCUGGAUUAGAACGGACUGGUCUGGAUUAUUGUAGUUUUUUGGUCUGGCUUCAGAUUUUAGUGCUCACAGGCUGUUCAUGUUAAAAGGAGUCAGUGUACAACAUUUGCUUGUUAAAAGACAAAAUGCAGAAUAUUUAUUAAAAGCAUUAAAAAAGAAAGAAAACUGACCCGGGCCUCCGACCGCUCGGGACCCCAAACACCCCAGAUUUACUGACAGACAGAUAAUCUGGGCUGGUUUAAGAAUAAAUAAGAGUAUUACAGCCGCGGACGUCGAGGCAAAUCCCUCCAAAUGCAGUUUUAACCAGUCAGCACAAAUGAAAGUCGGUAAACACAGUUAAUAAAGAGAUUUCAGGCUAUAUCUCAGUUUUCUUGAUCAAUAUUUAACCUGUUUGUCUCCAGGUUCUGAUGUAUCACUCAAUCUCUUAAACCUGUCAGUUAUUAUAUAUUCCAGGACCAAAAGAAAAGUCUUAAUUUUUGAUGUACUGGUCUUAAAAAUGCAGACACCUUUUAAUGAACAUAUCUUAUAGUGCACUUUUUUUUAUAUGUAGCUAAGUUAGCAAGAGAACGAGAAGUCCUGUUCCAGUCCAGUCCACUUCAGUCCUCCUUCAGCUCGGUAUUAAGUCCAGUCCGGUUCAGUCCUGCCCUCUCGGAGAUCAGCCGGGUCGUCAUUGUUUCCUCUUCCUCUGCUUCAUCCGACAGACUCACAGACACUCCAGUGACAAUCCCAGCCCUCCUUCUGAGUCCCGACAAAACCCAAACUCCUGUUUGUUUGUUUGUUUGUUUGUGUGUGUGUGUGUGAGAGAGUGUGAGACAGUGAGUGAACGGAUGAGUGUGUGUGUGUGUGUGUGUGUGUGUCAAGAUGGACAGGCUGAUUCAAGGUACAGUUCAAGGUACAUCUUUAUUUUUAUUUGUUUUCGUCUUACAACUCUCUCGGAGUCUUAAAACAAAUCAACUCUUUCAGCGUUGACUCGUGCGAAGGGAUGCGUCCAUUUUUUCUUAAAUUUGUUUUGCUCUGUUCUGUCCGUCACUGAACACUUGCCACAUCAUCUCAGAAAGUGCGAAAAUAUGUACAGGUCCAAUGAGAGAUGCUAACGAUGCUAAUAAGCUAAUAUAGAAAAGACUUUACCCCCGUGUGUGCGUGUGACAAGUGUCCGGUGUAAGACGUCCCUUUCACAUGUAUCGAUUAGAAUGAUACGGCAGCCAGGAAACAGAGGUGUGACAGCUAAUUACAUUGAGGUACUUUAAUUAAAAAGAAUGUCUUAAUUUUUGUUAUGUUUUUUUUAAAUGCUGGAUGCACACAGGGGUCGUAGAUUUAGGUGAUUUAUUGUCACACGUCUAACUUCAGUUGUCACUAUGCAGAGGAGGACAAAACCCUGAGAGAGUCGGGGGGUCCGGAGCUGGACGGGGGUCCCCGAGACGUGCAAACAGACGUGUAUUUUAUAGGAACAGCAUUUUAGAUCAUCGCCACACUCUGAUCCUGAGGAAGACAGAAAUUUUACGGUGCGUCGGCACUCACAGCACUUUUAAAAACACACACUGUCACUGAUAUCAAAGCAGAGCGGGACUCGGCACGGCGGCCAUUUUGAGUAGUCAGAGCAGGAGACUUGAUUUAAAAAAAACAAAAACAACAACAUUUCAAGUAUAAGAAAAGAAAAGUGUUAUGUUUACCUGGGCAUUGUGAUUCUAACAGUUUGAGUCAUUGAUGUGUUUUUAAUUGUUUUUGGACAAUAGAUCUCUGUGUGCGCUAAGGAAGAAGCUAUAUCAGGCUAAAGAUAGAGAGUACUUGACGAGCUAGAAUUUGGUCUUUUUGUUGGAUCUGCUGACAAAAGGAAAAUGAAGCUAGCUUUUAUUUCAGUACACAACACUGCAGAAGGACACAACAGCUCUCAUAUCAUAUAGCAAUUUUGAGAACAUCAGCUGUAAUGACUGCUUAGAGUUAGCGAGGACACCGGCUAGCUAGUUCCUACGUGCUGGACUACGGCAGCUCCCUAAAGGGCAGAACAUUUUAAGUUUCUAACAAGAUAAUUCGUCCUUCAGUUUUUGAGACCUUUAGUUUCUUAUUUGUCUGGAAAGUAUUUAAAAGAACAUUUGCACAGCCCUUGUUGCUACCGCUCGCGUCCCGUGCCUUCACAUGGUGUUGCGUUAGCUUGUUAAAGUGAAGGUGCCAAAUUCAAAACAACCUCUUAAUUUUUGAAGCAUAUCAUGUAUUGUAUUUUUUUUUUUGUCAGAAACACAAACUCAGGACUUAUUUUAAAGGCCGCAUUGACCUUCUCUCCUGACCCGAGUAUUCAAAAUGGCCGCCGCAUUAGCCAGGUGGACAGAUCAUGUUGCCAGUUUGUUUCGCUCACCAGAGUUGUAGAUACGUUAGUUAGCUCGCCACGCGGCCGGUUAGUAAAAGUAGGUAGUCGUUUUAAUUUAAUUAACGCCACGGUUACUGGAUUACCACUGAGACAACCAAUAGUUACCUUAGUGACCAGCCACUGUCCAAUCAGAAGUCAGCGAGGCUCAGCAGCAGCGUGACUGUGGAGGAAGGUGUGAUCGAAUGUUUGUGUUUGCCCAGACUGAAGCAGAUAAUGAUGAUGAUGAUGAGUGAUGAUGAAUUUGUCUUACACCCCUGUACUGUUCUCCAGUACCUCCCCUUCCUCUCCACACUCUACUGAAACUAACCUGAUCCAAUUUGAUCCCGUUCUUACUGUCUACCUUCCAGGUUGUGUAUAAUACUACUGCUAUCUUGAGAGUUAAUAUAUGAGCGCGACGGGGGGCGAUAGAGACAGCCUGCUGUUAAUUAUCACUGUAGAAGAUGAUGUACGUUGUUGUCUUUCAAUGUUCAGAAAUAAACUUCAGUUGGACCAAGACUAAAGUCGUCUGUGUUGUCGGU